GAGCCUCCAGUGAAAGUGAAAGUGUUCAGACUCGUUCUAACUUCAAGGAGCAGACGGAGGAGACGUGAAGUCUGAGGCUGAUAAACAUUGAAACUGGUGUGAAAGAUCAUUUCAAUGUGUUCUGCUGUAAACUGAGCGCAGAACCAGAGGAAAUAGACCAGACCUUGAAUAUCUAGAAGAGCAGCGUGGCCUGAACCACAACUGAGCCGCAGCCGGUGCAACAUGGACGAGGACACUUCAGAGCAAGUUGGACCCUCACACACAAAAGGUCAGGACCACAGACUGAGAGCAGAGUCUCCAGGGUCCAGCUGUCUGUCUCUGAAGAGUGACUGGUCCAAAGGAUUUCCUCUAGACUUCAGUAAUGAAUCUGGACCCUCACCCACAGAGGAGAGGAAGAGGAGUCAUGUUUCUGAGGAGGAGCAGUCGUCCUGCUGUGCUUCGUGUCAGGACGUCCUAAAGGAUCCAGUCUCCACCAGCUGUGGACACUGGUUCUGCAGACAGUGCAUCACCUCAUACUGGGACCAGUCUGGUUCUUCAGGAGACUCCUCCUGUCCCCAGUGUGGACAAAGAUCCAGAACAGGAGCUGGAGAUCGUGGUCUGCAGGAGGUUUCAGAUGAACAUAAGCUCAGUGUGAGGAGGAGAUGUGAACAUGUGACUGAAGGAACUGAUGAAACAGGAAGUAGAACCCUCCUCAACAGGAUCUACACUGAGCUCUACAUCACAGCGGGACAGAGUGAAGAGGUUAAUACUCAACAUGAGGUGUGGCAGCUUGAGACGACUUCCAAGAAGAAGAUCCUCCAGGACACUCCCAUCAAGGUCCACGACAUCUUUAAAUCCUCCACUGACCAGCAGAGCAGCAUCAGAGUCGUCCUGACCAACGGCGUCGCUGGCGUUGGAAAAACCUUCUCGGUGCAGAAGUUCACUCUGGACUGGGCAGAGGGUUUAGAGAACCAGGAUGUGGGUCUGCUGGCUGUGCUUUCGUUCAGGGAGCUGAACCUGGUGAAGGACCAGCAGCACAGUCUUCUGACGCUGCUCCAUGUUUUCCAUCCAGCGUUACAGAAGCUCACAGCAGAGACGCUCGCUGUCUGUAAACCUUUGUUCAUCUUUGACGGCCUGGAUGAAAGCAGACCUUCUCUGGACUUCAACCACAGGGAGCUUGUGUCUGAGGUCACACAGAGGUCAUCAGUCAACGUGCUGCUGACAAACCUCAUCCGGGGGAAUCUGCUUCCCUCGGCUCUCGUCUGGAUAACCUCCAGACCUGCGGCGGCCAAUCAGAUCCCUCCUGCAUGUGUCCACAGGGUCACAGAAGUACGAGGCUUCACUGAGGCCCAGAAGGAGGAGUACUUCAGGAGGAGAUUCAGUGAUGAAGAGCUCUGCAGCAGAAUCAUCUCACACAUCAAGACGUCCAGGAGCCUCCACAUCAUGUGUCAAAUCCCAGUCUUCUGCUGGAUCAGCGCUACAGUUCUGGAGCACAUGUUGACCACAGACCAGAGAGGAGAGCUGCCCAAGACCCUGACUGACCUGUACUCACACUUCCUGCUGGUUCAGACAAAGAGGAAGAACAACAAGUACGGUGAGGGACAUGAGACGACUCCACAGCAGCUGACGGAGGCUGACAGGGACGUUCUCCUGAAGCUGGGGAGGCUGGCGUUUAGACAUCUGGAGGAAGGAAACAUCAUGUUCUACCAAGAAGACCUGGAGCAGUGUGAUCUUAAUGUCCCAGAGGCCUCAGUGUACUCAGGAGUUUGUACUGAGAUCUUCAGAAGAGAGUGUGUGAUCUUCCAGAAAUCAGUCUACUGCUUUGUUCAUCUGAGCGUUCAGGAGUUUCUGGCUGCAGUCUACAUGUUCCACUGUUACACCGAGAGGAACACAGAAGUACUCAACAACUUCUUGGGACCAUUUGAGAAAUAUGGGAACACAGACAGUACCUUCUCCCUGGAUGACCUCCUGAAGAGAACCAUGGAGAAAUCCCUCACCAGUACAAAUGGUCAUCUGGACCUGUUUGUUCGCUUCCUUCACGGCCUCAGUCUGGAGUCCAACCAGAGAGUCUUAGGAGGCCUGCUGGGUCGGACAGAGAACAAUCCAGAUAUCUUCCAGAUAGUCAUCAACAACCUGAAGAAGAUGGACAGUGGUAACAGUUCUCCUGACAGAAGCAUCAACAUCUUCCACUGUCUGACUGAGAUGAACGACCACUCAGUUCAUCAGCAGAUGAAACAGUUCCUGACGUCAGAGAACAGAUCAAAGGAGAAACUCUCUGAGAUCCACUGCUCAGCUCUGGCCUACAUGCUGCAGAUGUCAGAGGAGGUUCUGGAUGAGUUGGACCUAGAGAAGUUCAGAACAUCAGUCCAGGGUCGACAGAGACUGAUCUCAGCUGUGAGGAACUGCAGGAAGGCCCGACUCUGUGCUUGUGGACUCCCAGAGACUCACUGUGAAGUUGUGGCCUCAGCUCUGAAGUCUGACCCCUCACAUCUGAGAGAACUGGAUCUGAGCUACAACGAUAUGCAGGACUCAGGAGUGAAGCUGCUGUGUUCUGGACUGGAGAGUCCAAACUGUCGACUGGAGACUCUGAGGUUGUAUAACUGCAGACUGACAGAGAUCAGCUGUUCUUCUCUGGCUUCAGCUCUGAGGUCAAACCCCUCUCAUCUGAGAGAACUGGAUCUGAGCUUCAACUACCUGCAGGACUCAGGAGUGAAGGAGCUGUGUGGUUUUCUACAGAGUCCAACCUGUCGACUGGAGACUCUGAGGUUCGAGAGCUGCUGUCUGACAGAGAUCAGCUGUUCUUCUCUGGCUUCAGCUCUGAGGUCAAACCCCUCUCAUCUGAGAGAACUGGAUCUGAGCUUCAACAACCUUCAGGACUCAGGAGUGAAGGAGCUGCUUGAUCUACAGCAGAGUCCAACCUGUCGACUGGAGACUCUGUGGUGGAGGUGGAGGUCUGACUGGAGGUGAGUGUGAAGAGGACAGUGUGUGUGGACGGAGGCUGAGCUGUGUCCUGAGGAUCCAGAGGCUGAAGCAGCAGCAGCUUGUGUGUAGUCUCCAAUCUACACAACCCCUAAUCUGCAUGUGUUUGUGAGAUGAAGCCGGAGCACCUGGAGAAAACACGGGGAGAACAUGCAGACUCCACACAGGAAGACCCCAUCUGAACCGGAUUCAAACCAGCAACCUUCCUGCCCCGAUUUUGUUUAUUCACAUGAAGAAUGUGUUUAUUGAAAUGACACAACACAAGCAGAAUAUAUAAACCCUCUACAAAGAGUCACAUACAGUGUGUUUAAGUUUGUCUUUAUUAUUGUCCACCUUUGUCCCUCAGUGUGUCUCCAUGUGUGUAGAACCACAUUCUGUGUAUAUGUUUGUUUAUGAUCUUAAAGUUCCUGGAUUCACGUCACAAAUUGAUUUAGUUCAACACAAAGUUCAACACGUUGAAAUCACUUUGAGUUUAAAAUCAGAGUUUUGUCUUUGACACAAAAGAUCAAAACUCUGGACUUAAAAAUGGGACGUUUUCAUUUCUGCAUCAGGUGCAGAGCGGUGGUGGCUUUUCUACUUUUGACCCAAAGGUGGCGCUGCAGUAUAACAGCAGCACAUCCCAGUCAAAGCCUUUAUAUUCAGUCUAUGAGUCAAACACAUGGAUCAUUUCCUCUGUGACAAACCAGAUGUAACGAGAAGAAAAACAUCUCAGAGAAAAGUUCUGUUUCUACUUGUCUCUGCUUUAAUGCUCAAUAAACAUCCUUCCACCGACUUCACUGGAA